GACUUUAGCUGCAGGUUUGGUGUCAGCUCUGCAAGGACGCCUUUAUUUUGGCCUCAAGUGGAGACAAAAGUGGCGCAAAGGUGAGCGCAGGAUCCGGCAGCCUGCGGGAUUACCCGGCGCUUCUUCUCCGCGCAUUCUAAAUAUAAGUCGGUGACAAAUAGUCCAAAUACAGUAGCAACCCAACUGUGAUGUGGGGGUGGUGCUGAGAGAACAGCUCCGGCUCCAAAAGUCUCCCCCCCACCCCCCACACUCUGUCGGAUCCGGAGUCCGGCAGGAGAAGGACGCACACGGAGAGAGGAGACGCGCCCAGCUCGCUUCUGCUUCACUAUCAUGAAGAGACAAAACGCCCGGACUCUCGCGCUCAUCAUCAGCAUCCUCACCUACCUGGUGGUCGGAGCGGCCGUGUUUGAGACUCUGGAGUCCAAACAGGAGAAGAGCCACAAGAGGAAGCUCGACGCCAGAAAGUACGAACUCAUGCGCAAAUACAACUUGACCAAAGAGAACUUCGAGGAGCUGGAGCACGUCGUGCUGCAGCUCAAACCUCACAAGGCGGGAGUGCAGUGGAAAUUUGCCGGGUCUUUUUACUUCGCCAUCACUGUGAUAACAACAAUAGGUUACGGCCAUGCGGCGCCCAGCACCGACUCAGGGAAAGUGUUCUGCAUGUUCUACGCCCUCCUGGGGAUCCCGCUCACCCUGGUCAUGUUCCAGAGCCUUGGCGAGCGCAUCAACACGUUCGUACGGUACCUGCUGCACCAAGCCAAGAAGUGCCUGGGGAUGCGUCACACCGAGGUCUCCAUGGCGAACAUGGUGACGGUGGGCUUCUUCUCCUGCAUGAGCACCCUCUGUGUGGGGGCCGUGGCGUUCUCCCACUGCGAGGGAUGGAGCUUCCUGCACGCCUUCUACUACUGCUUCAUCACGCUCACCACCAUCGGUUUCGGGGACUACGUGGCUCUGCAGAGGGACGACGCGCUGCAGAACGACCCCCGCUACGUGGCGUUCUGCUUCGUCUACAUCCUCAUGGGGCUGACGGUGAUCGGAGCGUUCCUGAACCUGGUGGUGCUUCGCUUUCUGACCAUGAACACGGAGGACGAGCGCAGGGACGCCAAGCAGAGGGCCCUGAUGUCCGUCAGUAAACCCAGAGGAGAGGUGGCUCAUCUUCUACCAAUCACAGCCUCCGCCGCCUCCACGCCUGUAGUGGACGACGCCACAAAGGCGAAAGAUUUAAAAGGCGUCUACACCGAGGUGCUGCACUUCCAAACUAUCUGCUCCUGUUUGUGGUACAGGAGCAAAGAGAAGCUGCAGGGCUCCAUCCCAGCCAUGAUCCCGCAGGACUUCUCGGACCCGUACCUGCAGCAGAACAGUAACUGUCCGCACUACAUGGAGCCCGGAUCCACCGGCUGCGUCUGCAGUCCACGCCAGUGCUCCAGCAUCAGCUCCAUCACAACGGGCCUACACAUUCUCUCUCCGUUCAGGGUGUUUAAGCGACGCAGCUCCGUCUAGCCUUUCAGUUCUGCAGAUUUUGCUGCAGCUCAGUGCGUCUACACUGCCAGGCGGACAGCGGCCAGUCGGCAGUCCUCGCAGCAGAGACGUGACUGCACGUUUGUGGUGCUAUAAUCCCAGUGAAGCACAUGCAGUACUGUAAACAGUCUAACACAAAUGUGUGUUUGAGAGAGCGCAGCAUGCAAGUGCCGGAGGCGUCUUGUGUGCUUUGACAAAUUUUAUUGAAAGUCAUGCAGGUCACUACAUGUGAACACGCUGCAGUGCACGAGGUGUGCACGGCUGCAGAGCGGCAGAGCAGCUGCUGCACACGCGGACGCUCAGGUCGAGUCAAGUGAGCAAAGGCACGAUAAAAAUGUCGAGAUAAAAUACUUCAGACAAAAAUCUAUUCAUACUCUAGUCUUUUUGAUCAUAAUCUCAGAGGUGCUGAUUCAACAUAGAGUAAUUUCUUAAAGGUGCAGGAUCGUUUGGUUUCUGUUUGUUAACACGCUCGCCAGCAGAACUGAAAGUUAACGCCAUAUUCACUCUGGUUUGGCAUUUGGCCUCGCUAUAUUUGGGGGUUUUCUGGCACUGUGUGUCUUGGAUGCUGGUCUGGGAAGGAUUACCUGGGGCCCUAAUGGAACGAGGGGCCCUUGAAAAGCCUGGAACAAAUAGAUGGUUUCGUAAUUAGUGCAAUAACUAAUUUAAAUUGUCCGUUUGUUUAAAAAAAGCGGAAGUUCUCUGAGGCCGUCCCAUCGCUUUUAUACACAAAGUGGUUUAGUCCGCCCCUGCACUCGGACUCGUCUCUGACAUGACAUAAAAUGACAUGACACUAAAUCUGAGUGAGUGAUGCUGCUGGUGCGCCAAAUUACGCCACGUUUAGACGAGAACGGGCCUACUAAAAACAGAAAAUUCUUUACUUUGUGUUUUAAAAAACAUCUGCGUUCAUAUGAUAACAUUGAGAACGAUUCUGGUGAAAACGGAUCUGCAAAAAAAAAAAACCGAAAGCGCUGCAGUAUGCAUGCCAGGUCAGUAUUUGGCGGUUUACAUUUGUAAUGACACAUCAUAGAAGAAGACCAUGUGCAUGUGCGACAUCACCGCUCUCACAGGAUCCACACGGUGCCAGUUCACACAGCGACAAAAGGGGUUCGUUUCCAAAACGUUACACUCUAAAAUCCAGUUUCAAAUCUUUGCAUUUUCAGGCCCCUAAAAUGCAGUUGUCAUGUGAACAAAAGGCCAAAACGCAACAAAAAUCUAACAUUUCAUGCAAGAACAGUAAACAGCCCCUUAGUGUGUCAUGUCUUUUCCCGAGAAAGGAAAUUUGGGCUCCAAAAAGAAAAAAAAAAAGAAAGACCUCAGAAGUUGCUGUAGAGAAACACAGAAACUGCUCAGUGUUUGUGGCCGACGCAGCACCGACUCAAACAGCAGCUUUCUGCUUUUUACAUAAGUUGCCUCGUGUUGCCCUGAAAACUUACUCCAAACAGAUCGUGAUUGUCAGAUCUGCACUGCAGCUGACACACGCUGAUCACUCAAAAUGACUCAUGUUCUGUGUGCCUGCCUCUGUUAUUGUGAUUUUCAGAGCUCUCUGCUCAAACUGCUGCUGCAUCAGUCGCACACCUGCUGCGUUACGUAACGCCACAAGUGGAAAAGUUCAAAUAAUCAUGAUGACAGAUCCCCAACGCAGAAAAACUACGGGCGGUCACAAGUAGACACUCAGCAGCUCUGACUGAAACACAUUCAACUGUUUUUUUUCUUUCUUAACGACACUAAAAAAGCCGUCGAGCUGCAUCAGUAUGUCUGACAGUCUCAGCCGAACACGGUCAGCUGGAUCGGCCUGCGGGAGAAUAUUUGACGCUUACGGUAGUCAUCGUUUGGCUCUGCUGGGUCCGGAAGUCGGCCCAGAGCAGGAGCUGCUCUGUUUCAUGGUGUUUCCAGUGUGACGUGAGGGCAGAUUAACACCAAUCAUCCAGAUACUUGAGAGGUGCAGAUACUAUUACAGGAAUAAUUCAACAUUUUUGGAAGAUAUGCACAUGGAGCUGCAGCUAGGAAGUGAUGAAUUUGAACAGUUUGUCUCUGUCCAAAGUUAAAACAUAAAAACUCAUAAACACACGGAGUUUGAUUUAUUUAAUAAAAAGGUUAGUCUUCAUGCUAAAUAUGUAGCUGAGGCCCUGUCUAUACGUAUAUGGAUACUUAAAAAAAAAAAAAGAUAUUACCCCUCUCGGUUAAAAAAAACCUGAUGUUUCUCCUCUUCAUUUUAAAUAA